UCCUAUAAACUCAGAAGAGCCCCCUUGCGCAGUCCAGUCAACCUCAACUUUAAGUUUACAGCAAAGCACCUGCUUAUCCAUGGCUGCUCAAACCCUUCCUUCACCUUCCAAACCUCGAUGGAAUUACGACGUCUUCUUGAGUUUCAGAGGUGAAAACACCCGCAAAACCUUCACCGAUCACCUCUACACCGCCUUGGUGAAAGCUGGAAUCCGCACCUUUCGAGAUGACGACGAGCUUCCUAGAGGGAACCACAUCUCUACAGAACUGCUCAAAGCUAUUCAAGGAUCAAGGAUUUCCAUUGUUGUUUUAUCCCAAGGCUAUGCUUCUUCCCGUUGGUGCCUUGAUGAGCUUGUGGAGAUCCUAAACUGUAAGAAUUUCAUAGGCCAAACUCUUCUUCCCAUAUUUUAUGACGUGAACCCUUCAGAUAUGCGAAAACAGGCCGGAACUUUUGCAGAAGCAUUUUCUAGGCAUGAAAAGCAAUUUUGGGCGGAGAUGGAAAGGGUAAAGAAGUGGAGAGCAGCUCUUACUGAAGCUGCAGACUAUUCCGGUUGGGAUCUCCAAAACGUUGCAAACGGGUACGAAUCUAGGUUGAUAGAAAAAAUUGUUGAAGAAGUUUUGUGUAGAGUGAACAAUGCCUGCAUGGAUAUUGCCAAACAUCCGAUAAGUAUGGAUUAUCGUGUUGAAAAGAUGAAAGCUUUAUUAAAUCUUGGAACAAGUGAUGUUCGCAUUGUAGGCAUCUAUGGCAUGGGUGGAAUCGGUAAAACAACCUUAGCCAAAGCGGUUUAUAACCAAAUUUUUAAUGGGUUUGAAGGAAGCAGUUGUCUUUUAAAUAUUAAAGAAAUUUCAGAACAGCUCAAUGGUUUAGUUCAUUUGCAAGAACAACUUCUUUCUGAUGUCUUAAAAACCAAGAAUUUGAAGAUUGCCAAUGUUGAUAGAGGAAUCAAUUUGAUUAAGGCAAGAUUUCGUUUUAAAAGAGUUCUUGUUAUCCUUGAUGAUGUGGAUCACAUCAAACAACUCAAUUCAUUAGUUGGAAGCUCUGAUUGGUUUGGUCCUGGAAGUAGAGUCAUUUUAACAACUCGAGAUGAACAUUUGCUGACUAAACUUGGAGUACACGAAAAAUAUAAGGUCGAGGAAUUGGAUCAUGAGGAAUCUCUUCAACUUUUUAGUUGGCAUGCCUUUAGGAUGGCUCAUCCAAUAGAAGAUUAUUGCGAGCUUUCAAUUAGUGUAGUUAAUUAUGCGGGAGGGCUUCCAUUAGCUCUUGAAAUUUUGGGUUGCUCUUUAUCAAAAAGAAGCACAAUUGAAUGGAAAGAUGCAUUGAAAAAAUUACAAAAAUUUCCUAAUCACGAGAUUCAGAAAAUACUUAGAAUGAGCUUUGAUUCACUACAUGAUGAUACUGUGAAGGACACAUUCCUUGAUAUUGCGUGUUUCUUUGUUGGUAUGAACAAAGAUUAUGCCAUCAAAAUAUUUGAUGGUUGUGGUUUUUUUCCGGAUAUUGGUAUUAAUAUUCUCAUUGAGAGGUCUCUCGUGACAAUCAAUGACGAAAAUGAGUUGAGUAUGCAUGAUCUAAUUCGAGAUAUGGGAAGAGAGGUUGUUCGUGAAAGGUCAUCCAACGAUCUAGAAAACCGUAGCAGAUUGUGGUUUCGUGAGGAUGUCUUACACGUGCUAAAGAAACAAAUGGGAUCAGAAGCAGUGGAGGGUCUCAUACUAAAUAUAUCUAUACUUGAAGAAGAUGUACAUUUUAAAGCUGAAGCAUUUGCAAAAAUGAAAAAAUUGAGAUUGCUCCAAAUCGAUGGUGUAAAUCUCUCAGGAUGCUAUAAACAUCUUUCUGAAGGGCUAAGAUGGCUUUGUUGGCAUAAGUGCCCUCUUAAAUUUCUACCAUCAAAUUUUCAUUUAGAGAAUCUUGUUAUCCUUGACAUGCAGGCUAGUAAUGUCAAACAAGUCUGGAAGGGAAUCAAAAUACUCAACAAGUUGAAAGUCCUUAAUCUCAGCAAGUCCAAACAUCUCGUCGAGUCACCAAACUUCUUACAAGUCCCAAAUUUGGAGAUACUGAUACUUGAAGGUUGCACAAAUUUGGUUAAGCUUCAUGAGAGCAUUGGAAAUCUAAAAGGACUCAUUUUGCUAAAUUUAAAAGGAUGCCAAAACUUAAGGGAUCUUCCACGGAGUACUUGUAACUUAAAAUCUCUUCAAACUCUUAACUUGUGUGGCUGCUCAAAACUUGAUAAGCUGCCAGAGCAAUUCGAGAAUAUGAUGGCUCUAACGGAACUGAAUGUAGACGAAACUGCUAUUAUCCAACUCCCUGCCUCAUUUAGCCUUCUGAAGAAUCUCAAAACUCUAUCAUUAUCGGGAUGUAAAGGACAAGCCUCAAAAUCUUGGUCAUCGCGUUUCUCAUCGUGGCUAUUGCCAAAAAGCUCCAAUCCCACGCAUUUGCUCCCAGCUUCCCUUUCUGGACUAUGGUCUUUGAGAAAACUAGUUUUGAGAGAGUGCAAUCUGUCUGAAGAUGGGAUUCCAAUUGAUCUUGGGUGCUUAUCUUCACUAGAGGAAUUGGAUUUAGCAGGAAACAAUUUUCGUAAUCUACCUCAUUGCAUCAGCCACCUUCCUAAAUUAACAAUAUUGUGCUUAUUACAGUGCACGAGUCUUCAAUCAAUUUCAGAACUCCCCCCAAGUAUAAAAAGGUUGUUUGCAGGGGGAUGCACAUCAAUGGAACGAGUUUCAAAUCUGUCGAAGCUGAAAAGUCCACAAAGAUUUAUAUUUUAUCGCUGCGACAAACUGGUUGAGAUCGAGGGCGUGGAAAGUUUGGAAUCUGAAGCUGUCAUUGACAUGGAAGAGUGCCACAAUCUAGGAUAUGAUUUUAGGAAGAGGCUUCUCCAGAGUCUGUCCAAGCGUGGUGUGAAGCUUACCAUUUUGCUCCCUGGUAGCGACGUCCCAAAUUGGUUCAGCCAUCAAACAAUUGGAUGGCGAAAAAAAAAGUGGUCAGUAUCGCUUCACGUACCUUCACUUUCAAAUGGUGAAAUCCAGGGGUUGCUUGUUUGCGUUGUCGUUCUCCGAGACAGGCGAAACUUUGUGGGUGGCAUUAGUAUCGCAAGCCGCCAAAAUAUUUUUGAGUCAACAUUCUAUUCCGUUCCUUUUUUCCUUGAAAGUGAUCAUUUGUGUCUCAGCCAUCUACCAUUGAGAAAAGAUCAAGCUGAGAUAGCAAGUGGAAAGGAAAUCGAGGUGUGCAUCAGUAGUUUGGAACCCGUUCGAGUGAAGAAGUGUGGAAUUCACCUAGUAGUUGAUGAGCCAAAUAUAAUAAAUAAACAUGCAAGUGUGGUCCAAUACAUCAAUUCUGAUACUGCUAGAGAUGGCAAAAUGGGUAUGGUGGGUGACAAGAGAGGUCGUGAUGAUAAUGAGGCAGGACCAAGCAAUGAUUCGUCUAAUGAAGAAAAUUGCCCUAAAAGAUCAAGGAUGGAGUCCGGUGCACAAGAAUGAACAAAUGCGGCUUUGCGAGCCCUCUCAAUUCAGAAAUAAUCUUUACGACUUCGAUCAACUAAAGCUCAUAUCCUUGGCUUCUCUUUUUCGGAUUUUUUUUUAGUGUCACUGUCACUAUAUAUAUGGAUUCCCCCGCUCCCCCUUUUGUGAGUAAAUGGUCCAAAGGGAGGUGAUCGAUCAUGACUCAUGAGGAGAUUGGAACUACUAAUCUCUACUUUAUAAAACCUAAUCCAAUCGAUUGUCCCAAUAGAUUAUAUUCUACUACUCUUUGGGAUUGUUGGUUAAAUUUCUUACAAUAA